AUGAAUGCCGUUCUAAAAUUAAGCGAUGAAGAAAGAAAUAAGGGCGUGAUCGCUUUCUUAUCAGGAAACCAUGCACAGGCCUUUGCUUUAAGUGCAAAAUUGUUAAAUGUACCUGCAACAAUUGUUAUGCCCGAGGAUGCAUCCACACUUAAAGUUGCUGCUACAACUGGUUACGGAGCUCAUAUUACAAAGUAUAACAGAUAUACUGAAGAUCGAGACAAGAUUGGGCGUCAAUUAGCAGCCAAACAUGGUUUUGCUCUAAUCCCUCCCUAUGAUCAUCCUGAUGUUAUAGCAGGACAAAGCGCAUCAGCAAAGAAAUUGUUAGAGGAAGUUGGACAACUUGAUGCGUUAUUCGUUCUAUUAGGCGGUGGGGGCCUCCUUUCUGGAUCUACACUUGCCUCUAGAAGCCUCUCUCCAGACUGCAAAAUAUUCGGAGUGGAACCUGAAGCUGGUAAUGACGGACAACAAUCCUUCAGAUCCGGCUCCGUUGUUCACAUCGAUACCCCAAAUACUAUCGCAGGUGAGGCACAAACACAACAUUUAGGAGAAUACACAUUUGCUAUUAUUCGUGAAAAUGUCGAUGAUAUUUUGACUGUAACCGAUGGAAAGCUAAUAGAAUGCAUGCAUUUCCUCGCGGAACGCAUGAAGUUAGUUGUUGGACCAACAGCUUGUUUAGGACAUGCAGGUGCCGUCUUGAAGAAGAAAGAGCUCGUUGGGGAGAAAAUAGGAAUAAGACUAAGCAGAGGUAAUGUAGACAUGAAGAAAUAUGCUGCCUUAAUCGCCGAGAAGGAAGGUGGCUCAAUUAUUUAG